AUGGAGGUGGCAGGGAGCAUGGGAGCGAUAGCGGUGACUGGAUGCCAGGAGCUUGACGAGUUCCAUGCCGGCAGCACCCUCUCGCUCAACCUUACUGGCGGCGUGGCUGUACAAACGACGCCGGUCGACAGGGCUGGAGAAUCAGGAAAGUCCAUGAUAUCUAUGCAGAUAAAUCUUCUUUUCUGGACCGGCUUUGAUGUGGCGGAAUACAAGGGCUAUACGACAGUCAACCAUGUCAUCGUGUACCAGACAAUCAAACUAAGAAAUAAGUUAAGGGAGGCGGGACCCGACCCUGAUGACAGCCAAAAUCAGGCCCCACUCCUCUCUCUCUCUCUGGCACCUACUCUUCAGAUGGCCAACAACACUUUGCCAGCAACGGCUGCUGUCCAGUUAAGAGCAAGAGAUUGGAGAAAAACUAUCAAAAAUAAGUGUCAGGUUUGA